GAGAGAGCGGCGGCUGUGCGGGUGGGUGAGUGCUGCCGGGGCUCGGGUGCGGACCGCGAGCUGCCACUGACGGAAAGAGCGGGAACAUCGGCUGCGAGCUGCGGCACGGCGCCGUUCGCAGACUGGCCUGACGUCGCUGGAGCCUUUUGUCGGCCUUUCGUUCCGUAAGGAGGGCGGGCUGGUAUUUGCGGCGUGUCGGACUUCGGCUUCCCCUCUGCGCUCGGAGCUGCCGCGGCCCCAUGGCGACCUACCUGGAGUUCAUUCAGCAGAACGAGGAGCGCGACGGCGUGCGCUUCAGCUGGAACGUGUGGCCGUCCAGCAGGCUGGAGGCUACGCGGAUGGUCGUGCCUCUGGCCUGCCUGCUGACCCCGCUGCGGGAGCGCCCGGACCUGCCGCCCGUGCAGUACGAGCCCGUGCUCUGCAGCAGGGCCACCUGCAAGGCCGUGCUCAACCCGCUCUGCCAAGUUGACUAUCGGGCCAAGCUCUGGGCUUGCAAUUUCUGUUUUCAGAGAAAUCAGUUUCCUCCAGCAUACGCAGGCAUAUCUGAAGUCAACCAGCCAGCUGAACUUAUGCCUCAGUUUUCAACAAUUGAAUAUAUAGUGCAGCGAGGCCCGCAGACGCCAUUGAUCUUCCUGUAUGUUGUCGACACGUGCUUGGAAGAGGAGGACUUGCAGGCCCUGAAGGAGUCCCUCCAGAUGUCCCUAAGUCUGCUGCCUGCUGACGCUCUAGUGGGGCUUAUCACAUUUGGCAGAAUGAUCCAGGUUCACGAGCUGAGCUGUGAAGGGAUUUCUAAGAGCUACGUGUUUAGAGGCACUAAAGACCUGACAGCUAAGCAAAUACAGGAUAUGCUUGGUCUUUCAAGGCCAGCUGUCCCCAUUCAGCAGGGAAGGCCUCUUCAAGCUCCAGAACAGCCUGUUAUUUCAAGCAGGUUCCUGCAGCCAGUACAGAAGAUUGACAUGAAUUUAACAGAUCUCCUUGGAGAACUUCAAAGGGACCCGUGGCCAGUGACCCAGGGAAAGAGGCCUUUACGUUCCACUGGAGUAGCUCUUUCGAUUGCUGUUGGCUUGCUAGAGGGCACAUUUCCAAACACAGGAGCGAGAAUAAUGCUAUUUACAGGCGGUCCACCAACGCAAGGACCAGGCAUGGUGGUGGGAGAUGAAUUGAAAACACCCAUUCGUUCUUGGCAUGACAUAGAGAAGGACAACGCGAGGUUCAUGAAGAAGGCCACCAAGCACUAUGAGACUCUGGCCAAUCGCACUGCCACCAAUGGUCACUGCAUUGAUAUCUACGCCUGCGCCCUGGAUCAGACUGGACUGCUAGAGAUGAAAUGUUGUGCAAACCUCACUGGAGGACACAUGGUGAUGGGAGAUUCCUUCAACACUUCUCUCUUCAAGCAGACCUUCCAGCGGGUAUUCAACAAAGGGCUCAGUGGGGAAUUUCGGAUGGCUUUUGGUGCAAAUUUGGAAGUGAAGACAUCCAGAGAGCUGAAAAUUGCAGGUGCUAUUGGACCGUGUGUAUCCCUGAAUGUGAAAGGACCGUGUGUUUCUGAAAAUGAACUUGGAAUUGGAGGAACAUCUCAGUGGAAAAUUUGUGGUCUGGAUCCCUGCACAACUCUGGCCAUUUACUUUGAAGUGGUAAAUCAGCACAAUGCACCAAUACCUCAGGGAGGCCGAGGGGCAGUACAGUUUGUCACCCAGUAUCAACACUCCAGCACACAGAAACGCAUUCGUGUCACCACCAUAGCCAGAAACUGGGCAGAUGCACAAAGUCAGCUCCAGCACAUAGAAGCUGCAUUUGACCAGGAAGCAGCUGCUGUGCUGAUGGCACGGCUGGGAGUGUACAGAGCUGAGUCUGAGGAGGGACCUGAUGUGCUGCGAUGGCUGGACAGACAGCUGAUCAGACUGUGUCAGAAAUUUGGACAAUACAACAAAGAUGAUCCCAACUCCUUCAGAUUGUCGGAAUCAUUUUCUUUGUAUCCCCAGUUCAUGUUCCAUUUGCGACGCUCCCCAUUCCUGCAGGUCUUCAAUAACAGUCCAGAUGAAUCUUCUUAUUACCGUCACCACUUUGCUAGGCAAGAUCUCACUCAGUCUCUCAUUAUGAUUCAGCCCAUCCUUUAUGCUUAUUCUUUCCACGGACCUCCUGAGCCAGUGCUUUUGGACAGCAGCAGCAUUCUUCCUGACAGAAUCCUACUGAUGGACACUUUCUUCCAGAUAGUUAUCUACCUUGGUGAGACUAUUGCACAGUGGCAGAAAGCUGGUUACCAAGACAUGCCUGAAUAUGAAAACUUCAAGCACCUACUGCAGGCUCCAUUGGAUGAUGCCCAGGAAAUCCUGCAGACCAGAUUCCCAAUGCCACGUUAUGUCCACACUGAACAUGGGGGCAGCCAGGCUCGAUUCCUGUUGUCUAAAGUGAACCCUUCUCAGACCCACAAUAACCUCUAUGCAUGGGGACAGGGUGGCUGUCCUAGUAGAGGUGCUGCAGAACAGCCCAGUACCUCAGCAGCCUGAUGACAGCAGGAGAUGAGUGGUUUCCAGCAGCAGUGCUUUUGUCUCUGUCAUCUUUCCUGUAACCAAGUUACCUAAGUAGUGCACAGGUAGACAAGGAGAAUGUAUUUUGUGGCUGCUACUGAUGGAAGCAGCUGAUAGAGAAACUCUUACAGGUUUUAGAUGAGCUGAUGUGGAAAUUAUAUUUGCCUUCUGCUACAAAUCUGAUGUAAAAGCUCUUAGUCCAUAGUUAGUGUAUUUAGUUUUCUGUAACUAGCAUACAGAUACGUAUAGAUCUGAUUUUUCUAUCAAUAAUAGUUUUUAAUGUCUUCUGCCUUGUUUCCAUAGAGCCUUGAGCAGAAACCUUCCUAAUGCGUUAGAAGGAAGAGACUUUUCUGCAACAGUGCAGGUGGCAUUCAAAGAUAUUGUCAACUAGCAGACUACCCUUCAAGGGGAAAAGGUUUAGCAGGCAGUUAGCUUAGUGCUGACAUUUGCUUUGCUUUUGCUUAGUCCCCAGGGCCAGCAGCGCUAUUUCACGCUCAUUAUCUAUUUCCUUAAUUUCU